AUUGUACAGCAUGUGAAAACAAUUCAUUUUGCAGAUAAGUAUGUUUCAUAAGUAACACAUGAGAUUAUAUUGGAGGGUCAAAGAAACGUCGGGAGAACAAAGCCAUUGUGCAGGAAGCCAUCUCCCAAUAUAAAUAGUCCGCGCACAUGUCCCAUGACUAUUACGGGCAGGUGUGGCUGUAACCGUAAAUACUUUUCACGAUUUUUUAUCAAUUUUAAUUCAGUUUGCACUUGAGCAGUUUGUUUACAUGUUUUUUAAUCCAUUAUCAACACGUGUUAACCUAGUAAUUCGGCAUUUGUAAACAAUAUUGUCCCACAUCUUGCCCUGUGUUGAACUACAAAACUGACUGGUAUUAUUUACGAAAAUUACGUGGUGGAAGCACACGCACACCGACUAUAUACUGUUUUCCUUUCAAAUUCAUUAAGUUUGAUCCAUAAAAGAUGGAAAAUGUGCUAUUACUAGUUUGAAUAAAUUGGUUAUAUGAAUUUGUUAAUUUUCACUAUUUUACCAGGAUCUCUUUUGUAACUGGCAUUUAUGAAUGUUAUCAAGACAAGUAAUUGUUAAUAACAAUAUCUUUUUAUUUCUUCAAUGAAACUAAUGAACAAUUUAGUUGUAUGAGAACUAUUAUUAACAAGAUUUUCAUUUUCAGUUUAAUAUAAUUUCCACCAAGCUAUGCUGUAAAUUUUAUUAUCCUAUUUCUGUUAAAUUCUGUUCAGAAUGGUGAGUUUUACCACUUUUCUCUCUUCAGUUAAUGGGCAUGUUUGGAUUUUAGAUUUGUCUGAAACUUGUAAAAGUAAACUGAAAUCACUGAGUUGAAUGAUUGAAGUUGGAAAAAAUUCAGACUUUUCAGAUGACUUGCUCUUUACAUGAUAAAAAAAAACAUCUGUUUGUAGGAUUUGGACUGGACGACAGCCUUGAUGGAGAAGAUAGUUAUGGAACAGACGACAAGCUUACUCCACUACAGAAGCUUGAGAAAUACAUGCAGAGCGACAAUGUUUACACAAGGCAAAUGGUGGCAAGAGGUCUGCUGGACACUCUACGAGCUGUGGAAGACACAACUGAUGGAGAAUGUGUUGCCGUCCUCAAUGCAAUGGUCCGGCUGUCAGAGGACAGUGAUCCAAUUGUUCGAUCCGAGUUGAUGGAACAGGUUCCACACAUAGCAGUGUAUUGCCAUGAACAUGCUAUAGUGUUUCAAAACUCUGUGCCUUUGUAUGUCCUGCCUAUGGUAGUAAGGUACCUAAAUGACCACCAUAAUCAGGUUAGAAAAACGAGCCAAGCUGCCCUAUUGGUGCUGUUAGAACAAGAGUUAAUAGUGAAAGCGGAUAUAGAGCAACAGGUAGUGAGUGUCAUACUAGACCUUGCCAGUCCAGAUAGUUUGGACGACUACAGGACAGAAGCUGUGGCUCUGAUGAGCAAAAUGGCUCCAUUAUUAGGAAAGGAAAUGACAGAGCGAGUAUUCCUACCCAGAUAUUGUGAGAUGUGCACAGAUCCCCUUUUUCACGUUCGAAAGGUGUGUGCUGCAAACUUUGGAGACUUCUGUACUGUGGUUGGACAGGGAAACACAGAGCAGCAAUUGCUUCCAAAGUUCUACUACCUUUGUGAGGAUGGCGUUUGGGGUGUGCGGAAAGCCUGUGCUGAAUGCUUCAUGGCCGUGUCGUGUGCCUGCUCACCAGAUGUCCGACGAGGAGAACUGUCAACACUUUUUGUCAAUUUGCUCUGUGAUCUCUCUAGAUGGGUACGGAUGGCAGCGUUUCAACAACUUGGCCCUUUCAUUUCUACAUUUGCUGAUCCAGGAGUGACAGGACUAUAUGUUGAUGAUGAUGGCAUACUUUGCAUCAAGAAUCCUGAAAUAUUAUUAGCAUUGGAAAGUGGUGAAAGACUACAAAACAUAGUAGGACAGAUUGACAAAGACGACAUGCUUGCGUCUCCUCCAGUAUGUGAAGAUGAGGCUGAUGGAAAAGAUGAGGAGAAUGUGGAUGAGGAAAGUGGUAGUUUGAACCGUGACUGUGAUAAUGACAAUACAGGAGAACCAAUGGAGAUCUCCACUAAUGACAAUGAAAAUGAUGUAGGUAUUCUUAAAUCAGAAACAAGAGACACGCCAGAUAUUUCACCUGAAGAGUUGCGAGCGAAGUGUUACAAAGAUGCAGAAAAGUCAGUGUCGCAUGAAGAUUCCAAAGUUGAUGUAGCUGUAGACAAUAGUGAACCGAGUGAAGUAAACAAAUGUGAACAGGUCUGUGAUAGUGAGGAGCCAGUUUCUGUACAGCAACAAGUGAAGGAAGAAUCGAAAAAUAUUUCUGAAAGUUUUUUAUCAGACUCUGCAAUGGAAAAAGAAAGUUCUUCUGCUGGACCAGAAGAUGUAGUGCAUAUACAUUUAGAUAAUGUAGGAACCAAUUUCAAUUCUUUCCAGUAUUGGCGAACUCCAUUACCUGAGAUUGAUUUAGAUUUUGAUAUUGUUAACGGAGCUGCCACAAACUUUCAAGUGACCACCAAAGUACGGGAGGAUAAGAUGUACAGUAUGUCGGGUCCCCAGGACAGUAGUACGACUAACAACACAUCAAGUAGCAAUACACAAGCAUCUAGUGAUACAUUGUCGGACACACUCAACUGGCUUAAUUUGGGUGAGGAUAGGGAGUCCAAACAGUCUGUGAUAGAGGAGGGAGUCACUUUUCACACUGCCUGUGUAAAUACAGUGUGUGAUGAAACAGUUGAUAACAUUGGAAGUACACAUGUCCUUGGUGAGCAUUUGAAUGAGACCACCAGUAAAAUUGUGGAUGGUGUUGUAAAAGAUAUGAAUGGAAGUAGUUUAUCGGAAAAUGCAGAAAUGGAUGAGGCUCAACUAGCUCAACAACAGAUGUUGAUGUGUUUAAACCAGGAUAUAGUGCCUCAGAGCCUGCUAGAAAGCUACCUGGGAAUGGCAGACCCUUCUCGGGCCCAAACAGUCGACACAGAGAUCACUCGUCACUGUGCCUACAAUCUGCCAGCGGUGGCCUACACCUUGGGUCGGAAAAACUGGAACUGCAUCAAGAUGCUUUAUGAUGUGCUGGCCACAGACAUGCAGUGGAAGGUAAGGAGGACGUUGGCCUUUUCCAUACAUGAAAUGGCAUUGAUCCUUGGAGAAGAAAUAACACACAGAGACCUUGUUCCUGUGUUUGAUGGAUUCCUAAAAGAUUUGGAUGAAGUUCGCAUAGGAGUUUUGAAACACCUAGCUGACUUUUUGAGACUUUUGAAACCCGACAUGCGACAACAAUACCUUACCAAAGUGGAAUGUUUCAUGAACACAGACAAUUGUCGCAAUUGGCGAUUUCGACUGGAAUUGGCAGAUCAGCUGAUGUUGAUGUCCGAGCUUUUCUCGGCCCAUGAAGUUAGCCACUACCUCCUUCCCUUGGGCAUCACUUUAGCCGAGGACAAGGUGUCAGAAGUGCGUCAAGCAGCAUUUAGACUGCUCAGUAUCAUGAUGAAACGAAUGGCUGAUCAGAAUGAUGAAAAAUUGACUGUAGGUCUGGUGAAGGCCUUGAAGGAAAAAUUCGCCGAGAGCAACAAAUGGGCUAGGAGACAAGUGUAUGCUCAAUUAAUAGAAUAUGUACUGGAGGAAGAUGCUGUUCCCAUAGAGAUCUUCACUACAGAACUGGUGCCAAGUCUUUUAUCUCUAUGUCAUGAUGUUGUGCCAAAUGUGAGAAUUUCUGUUGCCAAAACGAUGUCUCGACAUAUAUUCACUCGUGAAUAUUUCACAUCACCAAAGAACCCUUUGUAUGAUGAGAUGUGUAGGACCCUGCAGAAUUUACAAUCUGACAGUGAUCGUGAUGUGCGUUUCUUUGCUUGUCCCCAGCAGGAUACUUUUGUUGACCACGAGGAAGACUUUCAUCUUGAUCAUAUACAAGAAAAUAAUUUUUCACAGGAAGAAACGCUUCCUGUGUAAAAGAGGAACCCAGAUGUGUCCAUUGUAUCUGGACUCAGGGACCAAGAUUCAACUGUAUGCAAUGUGACAGGCUGUGAUAAUAGCUUUGCACAUGUAAAUUGAACGAUUUGUGAUAACCAUGCCAAUAGUACAAGACAGAUGCUGGUGUCUUUAGGCCAUGUUUGAAAAAUCUCCUGUUUUCUAUAUACAUAAUCCAACAUCAUGCAUGAAGUCCAAAAAACACACAAAAAAUGCAUUGCUUCCAAGACUUGGAUCACCAUUUUAACAACAUGAUGUUAAUGCAAGCUAUUGAAAGAUGGACCAACAAGUUUGUGCUCCCCCAAAACGUCUUGACCUGUUUAUAGGAAUCACAUAUUUUUUUUACUUGGCCUAACUUGUACAAUAUAUAUAUUAUAAUCCAACUGGGGCUGUGACUUUUAUGUUGUGUUUGUGUGAGAAAUACGGUCUGCAUCUUUAUUGUUUGGAGUGGGAGGAAUGCGACGUGUGAAGUUAGAGAAGUGUGUGACUUUAUGUUGUAUGUCAUGUGAGAAGUGUAGUAUGUGACAAAGGUUGUGUGAUGUAGAAGAGACUUGUGUUUAUGGUAAUAUGAAUGCAGCUGAGUUCAGCAUAUAACAUUGUUGUUUGCCAUAUUGGCAUAUUCAUAUUACUUCAGUUAUGAGAUAUUAUUGUCAAGAGAAAAUUUUAAAUGCCUAUAUGCCAAACUUGUGUAUCUAAAUUGAGCUCACCUUGGUAGAUUCUAUAGAACUCAUUGACAAAGGUUUUUUUCCUCCCUCAGCUUUAUUUUUCUUGUUAUUAAAAGGGAAACAAAUACUAUUAUUGGGGAAUAAAUCUCGAGCUGUUGGUUGUCUUAAUUCUUAGGUAUCAUGAUACCAAUGACUAGAAAAUGAUGCAUCAAUUAUGUCCAACUAUCCACCAUUCGACCUGUGGAAAGAUGACACUGUAAAGACUACAUAGAUUUGGUUGGGGAUUUGAAAGGAUGGUGAACUCAGAAGCUUUAUUUCAGGGCUUUUACUCCAUCUAUUUAGUUUCAUUUUUUGAUUGGCAGUUGAGCUACACAAGAUUAUCAGUUUUAAGUGCUGUGUAACUGUUAAAAACAGAAACAAAAAAAACUACAGUUUAAUUGAUCUUAGUCCCUGAAUGCUGGUAAGUUGUGCUGGUCAUGUCACUAGUUUAGAGUACAAUGUUGAUCUGUCAAAAAGACAUGUUCUUAAGUCCAGAUUAGAGAACAUCAUGAGUGACAGAACCUGGUGGCCAUUUGGUUAUUUAUUUGUAUGUUGUAGGGAUUUAUGUACGGGUUUAUAUGGAAAUUAUUUUAUGUAGACUGCUUAGGGACCAGUUGUUACAAGUUUAUGAAUUAAUUUCAAUUAAAUGGGCCAAUACCUCGGAAAUUUUAAAAUUUAAUUGUUUUUAGCUAGCUGAAACUAGAGGCCACCACAAUUUAAAUUUCAUUAGCCAUGGACAUGCAUUAUAUUUGAAGCUUUUGAUGUCUGGUAACAGCACUUAGGGCAACUGGACCCAGAUAUUUAGUGCUGACUUAGAAUCCUGAUGGCAUAUAUUCUUUUUCAUUGUGCCUUAAAGAUGUUUUACUUUAAUAUAUAUCCUCCUUUGGGUUACCAAAUGAUUUUAUCAAGUUAUAUUUUUAUUGUUUUGGCAAUAGAAUUGUAAGAAUAAUAUAUAUCGUAAACUAAUCAUCUUUUUCAUUCCCAUUUUCUGUUUGGCAAUACUUAAAAGAUUAAAGCAAAUUGUGCAUUAUCAUGGGAUGAUCCAAGGUGAUAAAUUUGCUAUAAAUCUACCUCGUACUAGUCAUUGGUGAAUCAAACCAAACCCUUUCAACAGUAUAAAUUCAUUAGACUAAUGAUAUUUUUUACCUGGGAAAUUUUAACAUAACCUGGUAGGUCACUCAAUCAAGCCGUGGUCAGUGUUUAAUUCACUUGUAAUGCAUCUUUAUUGUUGACUGUUUUGCUGAAAAUAUUAAUAGAAGCAGCAGCCAGUUGCCAUGUACUAAAAAGGCCUUCAAACAUGUUUUCAUAGGACCUUUGGGCUGGGCCAAAAUGGUCAAAUUGACUGAAAAAAUGCUUAAAUAUAAUACUCAACUUUGAGUAUACGGAAUAAGUCAGUUUACUAGUUUUUUAUAACAGUUUGAAGCUGUAAAGUAAUAUGUGUGUUGAUUAUGUCGAUAAAUUCACAGUUGCUUUAUUAGCUCAUAUGUACUAGAGAACUUAUGUUUAUGUGAUAAUUGUCAUAUUGGAACACUACAAUAAAACAACGAUCAAACUCGUGUGACUGUUGAGGCCCCUGGUCUGCUGCUUUUAAGUGGGUAUUAAGCCAAGAUUGCAUAGUAUGCAUAAGAGAUGUCCCAAGAAACGUAUUAUGUAGGGUGCUAAGAGUUCAAAGAUUUGUAGGUCUGAAAUGCUAAUAAUACUAUUUAUACUUAUUUAAGAACCCGCAAAUUAACACCAUGUUGUUGGUAAAAUUAUAUAAGAUGGUUACUUAAAAACCUGUUUAAUUUAAUUUUGAGGUUGAAUAAAAUUUCUGUGCAUUAUGAAUGUUCUGGAGUUUCAAAUUGAUAAUGAGUGAUUAUAUAUACUUGCUAAAGAAUGGAAUUCCUACACAAGAUAAUGAAAUUUCUAGUAUAUAUUUUGUGGGCAAAAAUUCAUCUGCAAGAGAAAAAUUAAGUAUGUAGAUGAAAUAUGUGUUGUUGAUGCGAUAAUUCUUUAUAACUUCAACAAGUUGUCUGUACAAAACCUGGAAAUAUCAAUUUACAGCACCUUAACCUAUCUGCUGUGUUUUGACAAGGCAAGAAGAUUAAUUGAGAAUUAUUUUCCUAUAAAAAUGGUUGGCUUAAAAGUUGUUUGGUUGGAUAAUGAAUGAUGUUGCUGGUUGUAUGUAUAUUGUUCACAUGGAAUGGAAACUGAUCUAGACUGAUCAUGUUGAAGCAAUAUUUAUACCUUUGAAUGAAGUGCUGCGUUUAACGAGACAUACUGGAGUUUUGGGAUAUUUCUGAUUGUCUUUCACAACCUGAAUCCAUUAAUUUAUUGGAUAUGUGAUUUUGAGUGACCAAGUAUUUGAUAUUAUUGAUUUUAAGUGGUAAAUAAAAACCUAAAAUGAUUGAAGUGUUCUAAAGUUGUAAUAAAUAUUUAUCUAAUUUUAUGUAUUCUGUUUGAUAACCUGUUCCUGCAAUAAUAGGUGAUAAAACAUUUUUAAUAAUCCCA